AUGCAUCCUAGAAACGCAACAUCACCGCCACGAACGAGGACAACACCACUUCGCGCUGACACUUCUUAUGACAGCUCUCGUUCAAUCAAUACGCCACCAAGACCCUUGACCAGCGACUUUGACGAUUUAUCAUCCUCACCUAUCAAUUUUCAUAGUCGACAAUCUGGAGGAGUAGGAGGAGGACUCGGUGAGAGCCCAUUCUUUGACCGAAGCGAUGAUAUGCGAACAUUCUCAGCUACACAGCAGCUUGUCAGUGAUCACAUCAGCAUUGGCUCCACCGAUUCAGAUCAUAUUCUAAGCACAUCAGGCAUCUCAAAAAACCUGUUUGCUCCCGAGCAAUCUUCAUUUACAGGAAAGCAUCAUACUCGAGAGGAUCGGCUGAGAACAUUGCGACAAGACGCCAUGAACAACUUUUUACCAGGCACUGCUUCAUUCAUUGGAGAGAAGCUAAUGACUUCCACAGAUACAAUGAAUGAUAUUUAUUACAUUGCAUUGUCUUAUUACCAGCAACAACAAUACGAAAGAGCGCUUGAGAUACUGAACAAAAAGAAAACCUUGAAUCAAAGCGUCCAAUGUCGAUAUAUCGCAGCUCUGUGCUCGCUUGCCUUGGAAAACGGCUCGGAUGCGUUAGACUACUUGGGCCAUAAAAAUCCCUUUUCACAGAAAAAAGAUAUGGCUCAGGACGACACAAUGGAAGGAUGCAUCAAGCUAGAAUCUGCCAUGUGCUAUGCUCGAGGAAAAGCAUAUUUGCUGAACAAGGAUAUCGACAGAGCAAGAGAUUGUUUCAAGGAAGCAUUGCAAGUGGAUGUGAAAUGCUAUGAUGCAUUGGAGGCGCUGGUUAAAUACAAUAUGAUGGAGGAAAAAGCAGAAUGGGAAUUUGUAAUGACGCUACCCUAUGAGGAACACUGUGGAGCAGACUCAGGCUACUUUCGAUAUUUGUAUGGACUCAAACUGAAGAAGGACAUCUUGAACGGAAAGAGAUUGGACCCUGAUUCUGAUAAUAUCGCCAAAAGUGUGGAUGUUCAGCUCAGCGUAGCAGAAGGCUAUUUCUCGCAAAGCCGAUAUGAGGAUUGUUUGGAGAUUUGCAAAGAGAUCAAGAUGCAGGACGCAUUCUUUACAGAAUCGAUACCUCUUCACCUGUCAUGUUUGUACGAGUUGGGCAUGAAGAACGAGCUGUACGAGUAUGCGCAAGAAUUAGUGGAUAGAUUGAAUGACGAGGCAGUGUCAUGGCAUGCUGUUGGGCUCUACUAUCUUUACAUCAAGAAGAAUCUGGAGGCGAGGCGGUAUUUUAGCCAAGCAUUGACCAUCAAUCGCUUCUUUCAACAAUCGUGGCUGGGCUAUGGCCAUUCAUUCUCGCUGGAAAAGGACCAUGACCAGGCUAUUGAUGCGUACAUGGCUUGCAGUCGACUGAUUCCUGGAUCGCACCUGCCAUACAUGAACAUUGCAAUGCAAUACAUGGAACAAAACAAGCUGAAUUUGGCAUUUGAAUACUUUUCCAAGAGUCUCCACAAAUGCAAUCACGACCCAUUCUUGUUCAACGAAAUAGCUGUGUAUUAUUACAAGCAAGGACUAUACAAAGACGCUCUUGAGCAUUUGCACACUGCUCUAUCAUUAUCGAACAAACGUCAAUGCCAACGAAGCCCAAUUUGGGAAAAGAUCUGGUGUAACUUGGGCCAUGUUUAUCGCCAUCCUCCUUUUCAAAAUUACGAUCGAGCAUUACGUUGCUUUGAAAACGCACUUGCGCGCAACCCUAAGAAUGCAGAUGCUCGAGCAGCGGUGGGCAUGAUUUACCAGCUAAAAGGAAAUACAGCCCGAGCAAUCAUUGAAUACCAUGAAGCACUCAACUACACAGACGCAUCCGAGCUUGUCAACGAACUACUCGAAACCGCUUUAUUAAACAAUUUCACAACGAGUUACGCUUCGAAUCCCAAUCAACCUUGCAUGAACGACACAUUUGACAUCUUUCAAAUGGCAGAUUCUAUUCGCGAUAGUCAGGAUGAAGUCGAUAUUGAACUCAAAGAAGAUGCCUGGAUUCGUGAUCGCAUAGACCAAAACAGCGAGACAUCUAUGCUGGACCGAUCUGUGUUGGUGACAGAGGACGAUUUGAUUGUUGAUGAAGGGGAUCUACGACCAAACAUGUCAAGAGAAUGGCUAUGA